AUCACCGCCACCAAGAACCAAUCCCUCUUCAUCGUCUCUCUUCUCGAACCCAUGGCCGCCGCCGCCGCCCGCCUCUCAGCUCCGUCCAUGGCUUGCAUCGGCGCCGGCGCCGCGCUUCCUUGUUCUUCUCGGCUGGCGGUGACCCGAUCGAGUCUUCGCCUUUCGUCUUCUCAUCGAUUGACGGUGUUUCGAUCCCUUGUUAUUGUCCAUUCUCCACUCCGAUCAGCGCAGCAGCGAUCUCUUCAGAUGAGAACUUUGGAUCGGUGUGCAAUCCGCGCUUCAAGUGCUGCCACCUCGGCGGCGACGGCGGCUUCGGAUGCGGCGCAGCUGAGGAGCGCUAGAGAGGAUAUCAAGGAGCUGCUUCGAUCCACCUUUUGCCAUCCGAUUUUGGUUCGCCUGGGUUGGCACGAUGCUGGUACUUAUGAUAAGAACAUUGAAGAGUGGCCACAGAGGGGUGGAGCUAAUGGGAGCUUGCGGUUUGAGAUUGAACUAAAGCAUGCAGCAAAUGCUGGUCUGGUGAAUGCUUUGAAGCUUAUUCAGCCUAUCAAAGACAAGUAUUCAGGAAUUACAUAUGCAGAUCUAUUCCAAUUAGCCAGUGCUACAGCCAUCGAGGAUGCUGGUGGCCCCAAAAUUCCCAUGAAGUAUGGAAGAGUAGAUGUUUCUGGACCGGAGCAGUGUCCACCAGAAGGGAAGCUUCCUGAUGCCGGACCUUCUUCACCCGGUGCUCAUUUACGGGAUGUAUUCUACAGAAUGGGCCUUGAUGACAAGGAAAUAGUGGCAUUAUCAGGUGCGCACACACUAGGAAGGUCUAGACCAGAACGCAGUGGUUGGGGCAAACCAGAGACAAAGUACACAAAAGACGGACCUGGAGCACCUGGAGGUCAGUCAUGGACAGUGCAAUGGCUGAAAUUUGAUAACAGCUACUUCAAAGAAAUCAAAGAGCGCAAGGAUGAAGAUCUCUUAGUUUUGCCUACUGAUGCUGUUUUAUUUGAUGAUCCAUCCUUUAAGUUCUAUGCUGAAAAAUAUGCAGAAGACCAGGAAACAUUUUUCAAGGAUUAUGCCGAGUCUCAUGCUAAACUGAGCAAUCUGGGUGCCAAAUUUGACCCUCCAGAGGGUAUUGAUAUAGACGAUGACUCCAAGAGUGCCCCUGCACCAGAGCCAUUUAUAGCAGCGAAGUAUUCUUCUGGUGAAAAGAAGAGAGAGCUUUCAGAUGCGAUGAAGCAGAAGAUCAGGGCGGAAUAUGAAGGUCUUGGGGGCAGUCCAGAUAAGCCUCUUAAAUCCAAUUACUUCCUCAAUAUCAUGAUCCUAAUCGCUGUUCUAGCAAUUUUGACAUCUCUGCUUGGAAACUGAAAACUAUCGGCAUUGUUCAGUUGUGUUUCUAUAGUUUGUUACCAGUGUUUGUCCGCCAUAACGCCUGCCAUUUUUGGUAAUGUGAUGAAAUAUUAAAGUUCAAUAGUACAUAGUCCAUGUCUUCAGGCAUGCUAAAAGUUCAGUUUUACAUCAA